AUGGCACGCACCAAGCAGUCGCGCGCCGACGCAGCCAAGGCAGCAGCUGCUGAGGCUGAGGCUGCCUCGUCUAGCACCGCCGCACCCAACCACACCCACACCCACACCCACACGCUCCAAGAGCUCUACCCCAACCUCGGCGGCGUGACCGACCACUACGGCAAUACCACUGCUGAGCCAGUACCCCCCGCCGCCCUGGCGCGCUGGGAGGCCCACGCGAGGACGUACCCCCGCGAGACAGGCCACGGGAUCAUCAUCCCCUUCUCGCGCCGAGCGGACAAGGUGUCGCGCGUGGUCAAGUACUUCUCCGACCCCAACCCCGCCGUCUACCUCCUCCCCUACAGCGCAGCGUGUAACCGCUGCGUGCACAUGAGCUGGUUCUGCUUCCGCAAGAGCCCCGCGGGGCCGUGCCUCACCUGCCGCAACGAGAAGAACUGCCGCCCGAACCAGGGCAUGGAGGUCCGCAUGCUCGAGCCGGCACAGAAGCGCAUGCUCGAGAGCAAGGGGUUCGUGCUGCCCCCUCUGCCGGCGCGUGAGGCCGGGAGCGUCGCGCCGCUGGCCGGUGCCGCCGGCGGCUCUGCCACUCCCGCCCAGCGUGCCACUAAGCCCAGCGCGGCGAGCACGAAGCGCCGCCGCGCGCCCGUCGACACCGACACGGACGAGGAGGAGGAGGAGUACCGCCCCUCCCCUAAGCGCCGCGGUCGUCCCACACAGCGCGUCAUGAGCCCCCUCACCUCGGUGCCACCAAGCGACGCGGAGAUGUCCGCCGGGCCGUCGCAUUCAGCUGGCACGCCGGCCGCCGACCACGCGUCGUCGCUAUCGCGCUCUCCGACACGUCUGGACACGCCUGCCUAUGGCGCCAUGACGGACGACGACGUUGCCCGCUUCAUCGCGACUGGCUAUGGCGUCGAGGGCGAGGAGAAGGUCAACAGCCUGAUGGACCAGGACGAGGAGGAGGAGAAGGACGAGCUCGAGGACCACACGGACGUGGGUCAGUGGCAUGCCGACCGUCGCCCUGCUGCGUACGAGUCACACAUUGCCGAUUACCCCACCAUCGCGGCGAGCGCCCACUCCCCCGCCAACGCACACCACUAUCCCCAGGGGUACCCUUACACACAGCAGCUGCCCGAGCCCGCGGCGUGGGGGAACAUGACGCGGGAGAUGGACCACCGUGGGCCGCUCGACAGCCACUCUCCGCACGACGCGCACUACGGUGGCAAUGUGGCAGCACACUACCCCGAUGAGGCUCACCAGUCCGCCUACGUUCCUAUGCAGCACGCACACCCCCACCAGUCUGCUCAGUACACACCGUUCGACAUGCGCCCAGCGCAGCCCCGGUACCCCAACGGCGAGCAGCGCCACCUCCCCUCCGACGUUGAGGAGAAGCGCAAGCCACAACGCCUCUUCACCGCUCCCAACCCCAUCAACCGCGGUGGCCACAAUGAGCUCACCCUAGCACAACUCAAGGCCGCCAAGUCAGAGUACGCCGAGACGCGGACGUAUACAUGGCACGCCGCGAGCCAGGAGCGCAAGGCGCUCGUGUACAUCUGCGCACUCCUCCCGCCCCACCUGCAUGAGGCGUUCGUCGAAGGCGUGAGGAACGCGUGGACCCACCGCGACAAAUACGAGCCCCCGCAGGGAGUAACGGACCUCGUAUCAGGCUCGGAGGGCAGGGCGCGCCAGCUAGAGAGGCUCUUCCUCCGCGGCUUGAGCCUGCGUGAGCGGACGCGCCUCGGCGUCGUGGCUGGUACCCGCUUCGAACCGGCCGCCAUGGUCGACCUCGCGCUGCGCUGCAUGCCGAAGGAGCGGCGGGCGCUCCUCAUCCGCGCGGUGCACAUUGCUGUGAAUGACAAGCGCGCUGUGUGA